UUUUUCGCGGGAAACUUAACCACGUGACUCCACAUAGACCAAAACUACCAAAACACACUUGGGCUGAAUCCAAAUCUGUCACGAUUUUCGCCUGUACCUGUAGACGGACGUAUUCGAGGAGUCUCGGCAUGAUCGGUCAGAAGAAGAUCUCCUCUUUCUUCAGCCCCCAACAGGCGAAGAAACGGCCGACAGACGGAGAACAGGGCGGCACCUCUCCAGACGGGAAGGCCACUCCUGUGAAAAAACUGAAAGCUGACGACAGUCCAACCUCCCCUCCUACCAACAAUGGACUGUCCCCUGAACAGCGUGCUCGGAUGGAGGAGAAGAAGAAGGAGGCCCAGGCGAAGCUGGCGAGCAGGAACUGCCCUGCUGAGAUGGGAGAGACGUGGAGGCGGGCACUAGAUCAGCAGUUCAGCAAGCCAUACUGGCUCAAGCUGAUGUCCUUUGUUCAGUCAGAGCGAGCCAGUCGGACAGUGUACCCACCCAGCCAACAGGUCUUCACUUGGACUCAGAUGUGUACCAUACAGGAGGUAAAAGUGGUAAUCUUGGGACAGGACCCAUACCAUGGCCCUGGACAGGCACAUGGUCUCUGCUUCAGUGUGCAGCGCCCUGUCCCACCUCCACCAAGCUUGGUGAACAUGUAUAAGGAGCUACAGAAGGAUGUGGAAGGUUUUGAGAUCCCCAAACAUGGAGACUUGACUGGAUGGGCAAAACAGGGGGUCUUGUUGCUGAAUGCUGUUCUGACAGUCCGUAAACAAGAGGCCAACUCCCACAAGGGCAAGGGUUGGGAAGAGUUCACUGAUGCUGUCAUCACCUGGCUGAACAAGAAUGGUGAUGGGAUUGUCUUUAUGCUGUGGGGGUCAUAUGCACAGAAGAAAGGUAGCUGUAUCAACAAGAAGAAGCACCAUGUCCUGAAAGCCCCCCACCCCUCCCCGCUGUCAGCCCACAGAGGCUUCCUGGGUUGUGGACACUUCUCCAAGACUAACGAACUUCUCAAGUCUGCUGGGAAGACUCCAAUCAACUGGUCCAAACUCAGCUGAGUCGUCUCACCAGUGUGCUGUCUUCAUCUUAAGGGAAAGCUUUCAAAGUGGAACUGAAAACACGGAAAAAGACUAGAUUGUUUUAAACAAAGAGGUUUAUAUCUUUAUUACGUUUAAGUUGUAGAAGUUAUUGUGGACGAUAGUGAUGUUACUUUUUUGUUAAAUGACUCUGUGUACUUCUUAGUCAUAUCACUUAUCAAGAUAACUUUUAUUUGUCAUUUACAUCAGUUUUUCUGUCCUUUUCUGUCUGAGUUGAACUAGUCAAUGAGGGAACACUACAGUUUGUUAAAGUAGACUGUUCCAGUGAGAUAAAUGGCAAUAAGAAGCUGUACUAACAGUACCUAUAAAAGAAGAUCAACUUUGAGCUCACAGCCUACUGUGUAAGAGCUGUGGAAAAUAUCUGUAGUACCGGUAAGAGCUGUGGAAAAUAUCUGUAGUAUUGAUGGUCAAAAAUUGCCAAACAAUUGACAGUGAUUUUGCAUCACCUUGCAAUAGACUUUGCAUAGCAUUGAAGUCGAAAUGAGCUGAUCUGUUGUAAGAAGCCACCAUACUAGUAUACUGUACAGUGCAUGAUGUGCAAUUGUAAUGCUUGUAGUUGUAGUGUCAUACUAUAACACUCAUAAACAGGAUGGAUCAUUGAUUGUGUGAUUUUAUGGUUUAGGUACAAUGUGUUCAUCAAGGAUAGUCCACUUUAAUACCUGUAGUUAGGUCCUGUUGAGACUAAGAGACAACAUCUAUUGUAUUUAGCUUGUUAUGAUAUUUACCUUGUUAAGAUAUUUAACCCGUAUUAGGUUUUAAUGUGCUAGUCUUGUUGCUUUUGAGUUCAUGUUCAGCCUACAAUAAAUAGCGUUUUGUUUGUAUA